CUGCUGUGGAAUGGCGGCUAAACCCGGGGAGGAAGAGAAACUGAUGGCUGCCUGGGUGGCGAGAACAAACGGAGACUGUCUAAUCUCAACGCUCCGACCCGAGACGAAGGUUUUUCUUUCUUUCUUCGAAAGAAUGUGACUAAUAGACGCUCGACAUAGACGUGUCGGCUUCAUGACUUGCAACAACCUUGUAGAGCAUCUGUCCUGGCUGUUUACCGGCCAAGCCCACUACAAGCCUGCAAUACCACCGUUUCUGAGGGGCAGUGACGCCUCCCAAACUGGGUUGUCCCAGGUACAACAUUCAGACACAAGAACGACGAUGCUUCCAACCCGAAGCGUUUAGUCGACUUGACGACGAAGCACAUUUAAACGACGCCGUCGACUACAUCUUAUCGGCCGGGCGGGCUUGGCGCGAGGUUUCGGGAUACGGACCAGGUGAUAGUGGAGGACGACGACACCAUGGCCUGCCUCAAGUCGAGUUCGAGAUCCAGGAAGCCCGGUCUUAUUUCAAGGCCCCAGCAGCUUCUCAGCUCCUCUUGCAUCACCCCUAAUCGCUUAGCCCGACAAGAUGCUUCUGCCAGGCGCACUAACCUCAGCACAUGGAGCCCUGAACCUUGCAAGACACAAAGCCUACCGAAGACGGCCCCGACUUCGGCCGUGGUCCGAACCCUUCGUACGAGCAGCCCCAAUUUCCCCGACCUCAACGCCGAUGGUCUGGAGUACUUAGACCUUAACCAACGAUGCCUUCGACUGUGCCGCUACGAUGCUUACACUGCAUAUCUUUGACCUCUGCCUUGUAUUCCUCUCUUCCUCUAGUAUGCCUCGGGUUAAUGUUAACCUAAGAUGAUUAUCCCGAGUAAGUUCUUCAAAGCCUUCCUGCAUGAACCGACGUCUGGGACCGAA